CACUCGACUUCACGUAACUUUAUUUUUAGUUUUACUGGAAUUACGCAAUUCUCAACCAAAUUACAAACAACAUAGAUAUUUUUCUAACCUUCAACAAUGGCUAGUACGUCACGAUUGGUUCGACAGGCGAUUACACCUAUAAAAACCUUCUCUUGGUUGAGUGGAAGUCCCACUAGAUAUACGGCUUGGAAUCCGGUUAGAUCUUUUUCCGUUUCGCAAAGUAGAGACAUGAAAUUCGUUCAGUUUACGUACGCUGAGAAGCCGGCUGAUGUCCGAGUGGGAUACUUGGAAGGUGACAAUGUUGUGGAUCUCAAUAAAGUAGAUAGUUCUAUUUCUUCUACUCUACUAGACAUUCUAAGGAAGGGGCAGCUAGACAAAGUUCAAAAAGUGAAAUCCUCAAACCCGGCAUCAACCCCCUUAUCUUCAGUCAAGCUGCAAGCUCCUAUCCAUGGGAUGGACAAGGUGCUGUGCAUCGGACUGAACUACAAGGAUCACUGUGAGGAACAGAACUUGACUCCGCCGCCGGUGCCGAUGUUCUUCAGCAAAUUCUCCAGCACUGUUAUUGGACCCUCUGAUGCUGUUCAAUUGAGGAGUGAUGUCACUAAGUGCGUAGACUGGGAGGUGGAGCUGGUGGUAGUCAUCGGCAAGAAGGCCAGCAAUGUGCAAGCCAGAGAGGCGUAUGACUACGUGUUUGGAUACACCGUGGCGCAGGACAUCAGCGCGCGCGACUGGCAGAAGAACAAGAAUGGAGGACAGUUCCUGUUGGGGAAGUCAAUGGACACAUUCUGCCCGAUCGGCCCGUGCAUCGCGACCGCCGACGAGGUCGGUGACCCUCAGAAGCUGAACAUCAGGUGCUCUGUCAACGGCGUCGUGAAGCAGUCCAGUAACACUGAGCAGCUGGUCCACAAGAUACCUGACGCUAUCGAGAGGUUGACUUCCGUAAUGACCCUCCUACCCGGCGACAUCAUCCUGACCGGCACGCCGGGAGGCGUGGGCAUGUACCGCGACCCGCCCGAGUACCUGCUCCCGGGGCACGUGGUCGAGAGCGAGGUGGAGAAGAUCGGCGUGCUGACCACCAGGGUCGAGGGGUUCAGAGUGUGCGCUAAUAAGUAGGGAGGUUGUAAGAGAGUGUAAUAUGCCGAGUUGCAGAAAGGAACUUGCUGAUGGUGGUAUUCAAUCUAUGUCUUUCUCUUUUUGUCCGUAUACAAUCAAAGCAAUAAUUUAUAAUUUAAACGUUCCUUUCAGCAACUCAGCGAUAGUAAUUUUUUUUUAACAAUUGGGUACUGAAAUUGUUUUACUCCGUUGCCAUUAUUGGUCCAAUAGGGUGGGCGCUAAUAAGUAGGGAGUUUGUAAGAGAUGUUGCUAUGGUCGUAGUUGUUUUUAAUAGACGAGUAUGUCUCGGGCUCAUUUCCGAUGUUAAAAGAGUGAGUUGGUUCAUUUUUAAGACCAAAAGCAACGCAGUACCUAAUAAAUUUUGUGGAUUACGUGCACCAACAACAACGCAAUAAAAAAAUUCGGUACUCAUCUGUUAAAAAAAAUUGACUAUAAUGGGAGUUGGGGCAGUGAAAAAGUGAUGCGAAUUUAUAGGUUUGGUAAAAUGUAAAACUUAAAGUUCUACCCUACCUAUGAUCUAAUAACUAUUUAAAUCUAUGAAUUAUUAUCAAUAUUUCAUUUUAGUCUUGCAUAUAUUGAUGGAUUGGAAAAAAUAUUAUUUACAAAAAUGCAUUUAUUGUUAAUAUUAGCCAUAAUAAAUUAUACUCAAACUAUCAUAAUGUUUUUGCUGUAAUAUUUUAAAGUAUAUUGAAUUUGUAAAAUGUUUAGAAAAGUUUUAAGUAAACUUCAAUAAUUGUUAAUCAUAUUUUUCAUUUAUUAUCUUUUUAGUGCCUAGUUUCACCAUACUCCGUUACAUUAUAACAAGGGAUUGUUGACUUUUGACACAUCGGUCAAGAAUUCAAUGUAUAAAUUUUAUUUUAGAUGACCCUACUUAACGUAACAGGGGUGUUAAUGAUCCAACAGACUAUGGUGUAACUAGGGCUAGGGCCGAGGUUUUUGAUCCGUGGUCAACUUUAACUAUUAGUCAAAUCACUCGCUAAGCAUUGCAGCUGCAUGCAAAUGUUGUUAGUUUUUAACAUUAACUAAUGAUGGCUACCAUACCAUUUUUUACCAAUGGUUGAGAUAACUAGGGAUCAAAAAACUGGACCUUAGUCAAUUGAUUGUAGUAACUAUACAGAAAUGUUGAUACUUUCCCGCCACUCGCGAUAUAUCAUAGUCAUAGACUGAACUCAAUCGCCCAACAUCACAACAACGUUGGAAUUGUGUCAAAAGAUGGUUCUAGACGCUGAUUGGCCAAUAACCGUCGCAAUUGGACCAAUCACCUUCUUCCGUUUGCACAGGAAGAGCAUAUUCUACCCUUAUUUAAAUUUAAUGCUCGCAAAGGGGACUUUUAUUGAGUUAAGUGGCGUAUACGGGUCGUGGCUAGACGCUCCUGGGAUCCAUUCUUCGUAGGGUGCGCUUUUGUCAGUGCUCGAGACGA